AUGGAGAAGAUGCUUUUGAACAGGUUGAAUGGAGAGAUGAAGAAAAUUAAUGAAGGACUGCCACAAGGAGUUGUUAGCCUUGCCCCUGUGGAAGGGGAAAACGGCCCGAAUUUAAUGAAUUGGAGAGGUGCAAUUGAAGGACCAGUUGGGUCAAGUUAUGAGGGAGGACUAUUUAACCUUGAUAUUAUAAUACCAGAUGAUUACCCUCUCUCACCUCCAAAAGUGACAAUGCUUACAAAAAUUUAUCAUCCCAAUAUUAGUAGCUCCGGGUACAUAUGUAUCAGCAUUCUGAAGAGAAGGUCUGAUGAUGGACAGACUCAAGUUAGUCAGACUUUGUAA